GUGUGGUUCGUGGCAAUGGCGAUCGGCCAGCGUGCGGCGAUGUAGUUCGUGAUGCGUGUCCGUCGCGAUCUGUCAUAGACUCGCGGGCCCGGGAGCGGAGGCAGGAUGUUAUUCACCAGUCGCACGAUUAUUUGAGGUGGCCCACCGUAGAAGCCGGCGUAGACCGCUCCGCGAUCCGGCAUGGCUCACCUGAACAACGUGCUGAAGGCCGUGGAGACGCUGAACGGGCUGCGGGAGUCGGACACCCCGUCGGAUCCCGGGACGAGCAGGAAGGAGAAGGUGUCGUGCUGCGCGGUCAUCGUCGAGGGGAUAUGCUCGCCGACCGUCAGACAGAACACCAAGUUCCCGCAGAUUCUCAGCGCCACCGUCGAAACGCUGCUGGCACUCUGUAACGAUGAGGAGUCCGACGUCAGGAUGGUCGCGGAUGAAUCUCUCAACAAAAUUAUAAGGGCAAUGGUCGACAGUAACAUCGUCAAGAUUCAGAUAGAGCUUUACAAUGAAAUAAAGAGGAACGGACCUGCCCGUAUACUGAGGGCUGCGCUAUGGAGAUUCGGCUUGCUGAGCCACAUGAUACGUCCCUCAAGGGGCAAAGCUUACGUGUCAAAUCUGAUCCCGUGUAUAGUAAUUAUCGCUCAUCGGUCGGAGGACACUGUAAUUGAAACGUUAUCACAGUCGUUACCAUUAAUCUUCAAAGUAUUAGGACCAUUUAUGACGGACAAGGAUGUCAAGAAUUUGCUGAGGGCGUUCUUUGAAAAUAUCUCCUCCCUUCAGGCGGUUUUCCGUAGAUCGGCAGCUAAUAUGAUUCUGACAACGUGCAUAAAUUGCAGAAAGCCGCAGUUCUUUUUAAAUUAUGUCCUGGAUUACAUGUUAGAUAUGAUAACGUCAGGGAGAAACGCCGAGGAUCAUUCCUCUACCGUUAUAGGCGUCUUCGGAUGCCUGAGAGUGAUUUUACCUUACAUAUGUAAACCCACAGAGCCCCAAGACGUCGAGACGCAGCAGACGGACAGCCUGUUACAUAUUUACGAAUUGUGUUUGCACUAUACGAAAUGGCAUUCCGAUCACAAUGUCGUAAAUGCGGCUUUAGAGACCUUGGCGCAACUUCUGAAAGCGCCGCCAAAGCCACUGGUGUCCGUUUUACUGUCCUCGCGGGGCAUAACGCAAAGUAGAAUAAUAUUAAAUCAAAAUGCAUGCAUUCCCUCGCUGGGCCACAUGAGCAUCUCCAGCGCCAGUACCGCUUACGGCGGCAAUUCGGAUUCCAUUUUGAACUUGCACGAGCCCGACAUUCCGGAGAUUACCCCGAACGCCGAGUGGAUCGCCGAUACGGAAACACUGUCGAUCACGAGCAAUACACAGACGCAGGACGAAUGUACGAGCGAUGCGACGGAGACGAAGGAGAAGAUAUUGGAGAAUUAUUGCAAUUUGAAAAUCGAAACCACCGACAAUGAUGUUACAGAAGAAGGCAGCGAUAUCGAAAGCGAGAUGGAAAAGUCCGAGAAAACGCCGUAUCCGAGCCUGCAAAAUGAACGCUCGAAGGGGGACGAUAAUUCCGAGAACACUCUGUCGUUCGCUUCCCCGAAGAAAUCCUCCCUGGAUUUCGCGCUGUACGAGACUUACGUCGGCAGUUUCACGGACUCGGAUAUGCCCGUCAAGUUUUGCUGCCGUUACCUGGUGUCGUCCUUUCUGCUGGCGGGCAGGCCCGGGCAACUGAUAUCGGACAAGUUAUUUCGCGUUAGCGUAAAGUCACUCGCACUGACAUGCGUGGGUUACAUUCUCAAACUUUAUCCGCACUUGUUUACCACGACCGUGGCCAAAGAGCCAAGCUGCAAUGAGACAAACCAAUUGAUUGCAGACAUUUUGCUAUUUGCCAAUCACCCAGAUCCUCAGAUCAGGGGUAAUAUAGCGGUGGUGAUUGGAAUCUUUUUAAAGUCUAUAUUUGUUCAGUACGGCGGCUCCUUCCGGAACUUCGAGGCGGAGUGUCUGGCUCGGCAAGAGCACGGGACUGUAUCGUUGGAGGACCUGAUAAAGUUACUUUUAAAAGGCUUGAACGACGAUUCCGCGACGACUUGCCGUCAAACGUUGGACGCGUUGAACCUCUGCCUGCCAGAGUUACUAGAUUCCAUCGACAAUGAAUACGGUCUUACCGUCUUAACUACGUUGCCAAAACUCAUGAAGAAUCCAUAUUUUCUCGUGAAAGUAAAAUUAGCUGACUUAUUGAGCAAAUUGUCGUAUAUUACCAUAGAACACAUAACGGGACAGUCGUUAUUCCAAGAGCACUUUAUCGAUGUUAUAAUAGCGUUAUUAGGCGAUCAGGACCAAAGGGUGAGACACGCUGCGUCAGAUGCGAUUGUUAAGAGUAUUCCGUAUCUGUAUUUUCGACACCCUCAAGAAGAUACCGUUACGAGGAAGGCUACGCAAUAUACUCAACAGUUUUUAAGCGCGGUAACGUCAAGUAUCUCGGAACUGUCGUCGUACCAAGCUAAACAUAAACCGUUCGUGAACACAUCCAUCAAGCCCUUUGUAUUUCUGAAUCACAACGAGACGAACUACGAUUCUAGUCUGGAAUACUCUCUAUCCCGUAUAGUUAACAUUCUAACGGAGAUACUUACGGUGCAUUCUUCGAAGUAUUUAAUUUACGGCUGUUGCGAGACCCUCUUCUGCUUGAGCGAGACCUACCCGACUACGGUUUACGUCAGAGGAUGGGACUGUAUUCUGCCAAAGACGUUGCUGAAGAAGUCUAAGAAGAAUAACGAUCGAUCGGAAGCCAAUGACAUUAGUUUCGUGAACGAGAUGAUUUCCUCUCCGGUGUGCAGCGGUCUCUUGUCACUGGCAUUGCCGCUGCUAACGUCAUCGACCAUUAGCUUAGACCUGUCCACGCAUCGACACUUGAUCCUCCUCGCCGGCAAUCUGGCUUCCGGGUUGGCCGUCUGCAACUUCAAGACUGGCGGUGACCCGAUGAAACUUUGGAGCACGUGCAAGGACAGAUACAUGGAACUACUGUUGACGCACAUCACGAGAGUUCUCAAUAUCUUCGUCCACGUCAUCGACGAGGUGCAGCUGGUGCAGGCGAGUGCCAAGCCCGUGUUGCCGUCCUUGUCCACGCAAACGUUGUCGCCCCGUAAGAAGAUCAUACCGGAGCAAAAGUCGAAGGAGAGGAGCGAAAAGAUCGGCAGCUUGAAGGGCGGGAAGGAGCUAAUGGGAACGUUCAUCGGCAUGCCGCAUUACAUGAAGAUAUACGACAUCCUGAAGGCGGCGCAUUCCAAUUAUUCGGUCACCCUGCAGCACGAGGCCAGCGAAAUGUACGUUUCCCUGCUGAACGCGACGCUCGACGUUCUCUCGCAGAUCCUCGAAAUCGCGUCCGUCAACGAGGCAGGUAGAAUCGCGGAAGAAGUGUUAUGUUACCUAAAAACCACCGUCGUAUUGUCACCAACGGCAACGGUUCAGUGUGUGCAGCAACUGCUGAAAUGCUUGUUCGGUACGAACGUGUGCGCGCAAUGGAGCGAGCUGGACGUGCAGAAGAACGUGGAUCGUUGCGGCACGCUGCAAGAUGAUGUCCGGGGCUUUUAUAACCAGUGCUUUCAACACCCCGCCAGGCAAAUGGCGAACACGAUCAAGUGCAUUGGAAAUAAUUGCAGGGGCGAGAACGAGCCGGACAACGGGUGGAUAGGAUUGCUGCGUAGAAAAAGCGAUCGUAAAUUUUCUUCGGUGUUUAAGACUUUGGUACGAUCCUCGGACCAGAAAACGUCCGUCACGUCCUUCAUCCGACUCUUCGAACCGAUGGUCAUAAAGUCUCUGAAGCAGUACACUGUUACGAGCAACAUCGCGCUGCAGUGCCAGGUUCUGAUGCUGCUGAGUCAGCUGGUUCAACUGAAGGUCAACUAUUGCCUGCUGGACUCCGACAAAAUAUUCAUCGGAUUCGUGUUGAAGCAGUUCGAAUUCAUCGAGGAGGGCCACGUACAACAAACCGAGAAUCUUCUGCCGAAAAUGUUCAAUUUCUUGGUGCAUCUCUCGUACGAGAAGAAUCACUCCAAGGUGAUAAUAGGCAUACCGAAGAUAAUUCAGUUGUGCGACGGUCUGAUGGCGAGCGGUCAACCGGCGAUCACGCACUGCAUACCCGCGCUCGCGCCCGUCAUCGAGGACAUAUUCCUCAUCCGUAAUGGAAGCUCGAGCGUGGUCGAGCAGCGGGAGUUGGAGACGACGAGGGACGUGCUGAUAGCCAUGCUGCUGCGUUUGGUGGAGUAUCACGAGGUAGUCGAACUUCUGGCGCUGUGUCUGGCCGAGUCCAGAUUCAGCGGGGACGGCAACGGCGAGGAGAAAUGGCGAAGAUGGUCCAGACUGACAAUGGACACCGUGCUUCCGAUACUGGCCGCCGGCAAGCUCAGAAUAGAGUCCGAGAGGGCGCACGUCGCGCUGGUGAAACUUUUCGCGGCGAUCUCGCCCACAGUCUUCCGACCGGUGGAUCCACUCCUCAAGAUACUGUUCACCGCGUCGAUACCCGCGACCGCUCCGAUCUUGAAGCUGAAGCGUUGGCUGGGGAUGAUCAACGUCGUGCUGCUCUCGCUGAUCUCGUGCGCGAAGGAGGAGGCAAUGCUGGCGCGUCUCUCGGAUCUCAACGUAUGCGUGUCGGACGUGUCGCAUCUGUUCUCGCCACUUCGGAGCUCCUUCCCCCGCGAGUGCGCGGAUCCGUUAAACGCCUCGAGCGUGCAAUCGCACCAGAUGCCGCCCGAGCAAAUAUUAGCUAGAUUCAUAUUCAAGGUGAUCAAUCUGAUAAGCACGAAGGUGUUCAGUCUGCUCGGGCUGAUAAAUCACAAGUCCGCGGAUCCCUUCGUCGACUUCGCCGAUUACACGGCGGACGACAAUUAUCUCGUCCAUCAGUUCGCGUUCUUCCUGCAAUUGUGCAUUCACAUGUUCGAGUCCGGCAGCCAUUGCAAAGUGGCGAACGCGACGAUGCAGAUGAUUCAGGGGCGCAACGUGUCCGACGAGGAGAAGCUGCUCAUCGACGACUUGAACUACUUGAUGCUGAGCAUCGGAAACGUGUGCCCGACGGUGACGUGCCAGUGGGCGUAUCUGAUGAUUCUGUUGGGCUACAACGAGAUGUCCUUUUGGUCGAAAGUAUUGGGGACCAGCAACAAGUCCGCUCACGUCCGAUCGAACGAGAGAAAGACGCGCGACUGCGUUAACAGCAGUACGAACAUCCAGAUCAUUAGAAGAGGCGGAAUUAUAUUGUUCUGCGACUACAUAUGCGAGAAUCUCAACGACGUGGAGCCGCUGACGUGGCUGCUGGUGAAUCACAUAGAGGAGGCGAUAAACGUCGCCAACGAAUCUCCGGUGAGAGAUCUGCUGACCACGGCGAUACACAGGAAUCCGGCGGCCAGCGGGCUGUUGGUGCAGGCCGUGGCGACCAAGUGCACGGAUCUAUCGCAGCCCAGCUUCAUAAAGCGCCUGCUGCAGUGUAUCGAGGGCGCGCACCACUCGCAAAGCGGCGCGGUUAUAAUGACCUUGAUACCGCGGCUGUUGUCGACCAAGUAUCUCGCCCUGUCGAGAAUCGCAGCGAAGAUCGCCAGCCGCCGGGUGGAGAUACUGUUGACCACCAGCGCGGACGACGUGAAGGACCAGCUGUCGAAGGACGACAUCGUGAAGCUCAUGGACGUUCUGCAGACCACCAAGCUGGCGAGGAAACACGGCAGCUUGGUCAGCUUAUUGAACAAGCUCGCUGUGCAAUAUUACGAUCUGUCACCGCUUGAGCUCGACCAGUGCAGACCGUUCAAUCCGUCCACGGUGAAGAGCAUACAGUUGGAUCGGAAUUGGUUCCUGUCUCAAGUGAGACUACGUUGCUGCCACGCAAGCGCCGGCAACAAUCCCAUGGAAUUGGCGCAGUUGUUGAAGGACUUGGACUUCGACGAUUGCCUGAGCAUUCUUUCUUGUAAAGAGUUCAAUCUGAAGAUCUUGAAGCACUGUGUGAUACUGGGAGCCCGCCUCACCGUCGAGAAGUGCCAAAAGUUGGAAUUCGGUAAAGCGCAGAGCGAGAAGGAUUUUUAUUUCGACGCUAGUCCUCUGUACGUCGCUGCCAAGCAGUGCUUGUUGGAGCACAUUCGUUACAUCUGCGAGCUCGUACCGAAGCCACAUCAGAUUUAUAAUCCGGAGGCGGAUAACAGCAGCGGGAAGGAAGUGAAGUACGCCGUUAGAUUCUCCGAGCUGCUGAGCGACGCUCUGUAUUGGGAGAUCCUCUUCACGAUAAUCCCGACUGUCAAAAUUUACAUGAAGACGUUACCGAAACUGGCCAAGUACAACGUGGCGAAGAUAGACAUGAAAUUCGAGGAGGAUAUCGCCAAGUUCUCCAUGCUGUGUCUCGAGCUGGCGCACUGGAUGAUCUACUCGGACAAGAAGGGCGUCCAUCGAUUGAGGCCGCACGACAUGGACCUCGCGCUGAGUUGCGCGGCCGAGAUCCUGCGGCACGCCGCCCCGAAUAAGAUUUUCAGCGACAACGCGCGUCACACGUGGGUCUGCUCCGCGGCGAUCUCUCUGACGAGGAUCGUAGAGAGUAUACUGACGACGGUGGAUCCUUUGCCGAAAAUGGAUUGCCAAGCGCUGGAGCCGGCUCUCCAGGACGAGGAGACGAAGGAUUACGCCCGGGCGUGCAUUCAAAUGGCGUCGAUAGUGGCCUGGAUCGAGAAGUGUCAGGCGGACGGCACCACGAGGAACAUUCCGCCGUAUCUGUUCAAUACGAUAAAGUCGUUGGUCAUCAGCAUGAGCCGUCAGCCGUUGGUGAACUCUUACAUCUUGACGCCUCCGCUGAUGUGGAAACGCGGCUGUCACAUCGUCGGCUCGGGCCCUACCAAGUGCUACUUUCCGCUCAUGUCGUCCGAGUCCAAUCUACUGCAGGAGGUGGACGUUCUGGAGCAGUUUAUCUACCGAGUGAACCUACUGGGUUGGACGUCCCGAUCGCAGUUCGAGGAGAUCUGGAUGGCGUUCCUGAGCGUUCUCAACUUCUUGCAGAAUGAGAACACGCCCUCGGACGAGAUCGCGGCUUUGAUACAGGCGAGCAGCCUGGCGAUUCAGGCGAUCACGAGAUUACUGUUGCAAACCCUGCUGCUGCCGUGUCCCGGCAAUCCCGGUGCCAGCACUCUGAUCCACCAUCCGAGAGAUCCCCAACUUUCCGUGUACAAAACCAGCUCGCAGAAACUAUUUACGAUACAGGAGCUGCUCCUGUGGAAGUACGAGUACAUGAACGACGCGGAAAGUAAGAACGGCUUGAGAUUGGAUCACAUAUUCCAGCGGGGCAACGUGGAGAGAACCGCGGUUUCCGACCGAUACAUGUACAGCCAACUGUCGGUCUCCUAUUUAUGGUCGCUGUGCAAUCUAUACGAGGACAAGUUAAACGCUUCCGUUCUCGACUUGAAGAACAGGCGGAACGACGCGCUGAUGUCCGCCUCCCUCGAUCUAGACUCCUGCCUGCGCUUUCUCAUCGAGCACUACACCAUCUGGACGUCACCGCAGGCUAACACGCCCGUACAGCUGUUGACCGAGAUCAUGAAGUCGAUUCUGGCCAUUUCGGAGCUCUUCCUCGAGAGAUCGCAGUACCAGUGGAUGCUGGACGUGUGCCUGGAAGUCUCGAGGGUUCAUCCAACGGAGAACGCGAUCUUGCAUCAGUACCUGACCGUCUCUGUGUGCAAAGCCGCCGCCGUUCUGACGCCUUUGGACUUGGACACGUUGGAUAAAGUAAAGCGCAUAGUGGAUGCUAAUUUAAAGUCGGUAUUCCUGGCUUCCAGAGUAUCCGCGCUUCACGGCUCUCUGUACUUGCUGCAAAGCGCGGUACUGGCCAAAUGCGAAGAAACAAUGAAUAUUAUACAUCCCCUGGCCAUUGAAUAUAUACAGAAGCACAUUGAUUCGCAGGAUUUGAAUAGUGUUCUAAGUCAGAGCGAAGAGCAUCAGGGAAUAAUGUGGGCUUUGGUGUUCUUCUUACUGGAGCAUGCGGAGGACACGCCGCCGGACACGGAAGCGCCAGCCGUGUUGGAAUUAGUCCUUUCUCUAGUCACGUCUCAAAAUGUCUCAUACGGUUUACAUCAAACUCUUCUGCAGGGUCUUGAGAGGCUCGUGGCGACGAAAAGCGUCGUCGGCAAGGUUGCCGAGCAGAUCGUCAAAGUCGCGAUAGACCGGCUGAAGCAACCCAGCCCCCUGCUCGCAUUACCGGCGCUGCAACUUCUGCUGACGUGCAUGUACACGGAGGCGGCUGAUCGGCUGAAUCAGCCUGGCGUCGAGGAGCCGUUGCCGGACGUCGAGCCGGAGACGCUGGUGCGUUCCAUCGAACGCACCUCCGCGAUAUUCGACAAGAUCCGCAAGGGACAUUCCAUGGAAGUGGAGGUGCUGUGUACAGUUCUGUCGUGCCUCCUCGGAGACUUCUUCCCGCCGUCGGAGAUCCUCACCAAAGUCAUAGGGGAAUUCCUGUCUCCGCAACAACCGCAUCCGAGAUUACUCUCCGCCGUUGUCUUUAAAGUCUGUGAAAAAGCGUGUACCUGCACGGAAAUGGAGCUCCUUCAAGAUUGGGUGGUCUUCAGUCUACCGAAUUUCAUUCAAAGCUUGCCGAUGGCAAUGUCGACCUGGUGCUUGUCCUGUUUCUUCAUAAGCGCGUCGACAAACCAUUGGUUGAGAGCUUUAUUUCCGUAUGUUCAGUCGAGAAUAGGAAAGUACGAAUAUGAAGACAAGAAAAUAUUGUGUAUAGCAGCUUCGGACUUUUAUCACAAGCUAUCCAAAGAAUCUCAAAAGAAGGCAUUUGUCGAGACGUUCGAAGCUGCCGCGAAAGAACCUGGUACUCCAUUUAGCGAUAUUCUAGCCUCCUUUUAGAUAACGCUGACCACAGUCGGGAAAACUCAAAAGAGAAGCCAUCCCUAUAAAAUAUUAAAUUCAGACUGUAUUCAGACUAAAAACAAAACGAUGUACAAUCACUGGUGCGUUGACGCGCAUGUAGAUUUGUAUGUAUGGUGAUAUUUAUUUUACAUUAUAUCCUGUUAAAAGAGAGAUACUUGCAACUUGUUUUGCAAUAAACAGUAUUUUUUAAGCAAAAA